CCCCCAUAGGGCUGCAUUUUUUUUUAAAAUCCCAUCUGAUUGCUGAAUUUAUAAACGACGCCUGUAGAUGUCGCUGUUUACGACUCUAUUACCACUGCAAAGUAGCAGAAAUGGUCGAUGUCGUUUAUCCUGAGUGACAGACAGUCUAUGACUAGCAGUCCAGCCGGCGGGGCUAGCAACAAUCCGGUAGAAAAUAACAAUCCCGUGCUCGACUGUUGUGGAGGCCUCGGCAACGUUGACUACUCCAAGAUGGACUUUGCUGUGUUUGAGGAGAUCUUAAAACACGUCAACUUUCAUGACUCCAACUUCCACAUUGCUGUGGUUGCAAUUAUUUUCAAUCCGCUAUUCUGGAAUGUGGUAGCAAGAUGGGAGCACCGGACACAGAAACUCUCAAAGAUGUUUGGAAGUCCCUACCUCGCCUGUUAUUUCCUGGGCGUCGUUAUCAUCCUCCUCAAUGUGUACCGCACCCACAGCAUGACUGUAGUAAUGAGGACCCAGGCCAGGUGGAGCGUACUUGACAGGAAUGAGGUCUUUAACAUGGGUGUGCUUCUCAUAGCUGUGGGCUCUGUGUUUGUCGUAAGCAGCUUUCUCGCUCUGGGAUUCACUGGGACAUUCCUUGGUGAUUACUUUGGCAUUCUGAUGAAUGAGAAGGUGACGCGCUUUCCUUUCAGCCUCACGGAGAACCCCAUGUACUGGGGCAGCACAGCUCACUACCUUGGCUUAGCACUCAUAGGUGCAAGUCCAAUUGGUCUUGUCUUAACUGCAAUCGUAGCCUUGGUCUACAAGAUAGCAAUACAAUUUGAGGGACCUUUCACUGAACAAAUCUAUCAGCAGAGGACGCGCAAAGGUAAAUAAUCGCAUCCUGGUGGGUUGGGGGAGGAUUCCCUUCUGAUCAAGUGGACCUCAAAUUGGAUUAUUGAUUAUUAAACCACUUCCAGUGAGAAUCUUCUUGGUGUUACACACUUCUGUAGAGUGACUGUUGCAUAGUUGUUGGGGUUUUUUUUUCAUGUAAAUGUCAUUUUAUUCUCAAAGGUUAGCAUGUGAAAAAUAUAAAAAUUUAUAUUGUGAAAAAUUAAUGCCAGGAUGCAUUAACAGUACACCCUAACAAACUCAAGCAUAAUCCAUUUGAUCAUGGAAGCAAAAUAUUUUUCUUAUAAAAAUGUCAAAAUGAAGUAAUCAAGACUGUGAAAAUAAAACAAAAUCUACAAACAUA